GAUCGCCUGUUUCCCGCGCUUGCUUCGUGUGUUAAUCGUCCUGUGCGUAAUCGACCCGUGCUAAGUGUUCGUUAAUCGUGCUAAAGUGAUGGCGACUGGCUGCAAGAUUGAUCUAACGUUCGAGAAUGGCCACAAAAUGCCGGCCCUUGGAUUCGGCACCUGGCGGGCUCCUGACGAUGAGGUGGAAAACGCGUUGAACGAAGCGUUAGAGGCCGGCUAUCGGCACAUCGAUUGUGCACCGGUCUAUCUGAACGAACCGACGAUCGGACGUGUAUUGCGCCGGUGGAUCGAUGGCGGUCGACUGAAGCGUGAGGAGCUGUUCAUCGUCACCAAAUUGCCCCCUCACGGUACUCGAGCAUCGACGGUGGAAAAAUUCCUGAAGCGAUCGCUGGCCGAUCUGCAGCUUGAUUACGUCGACCUGUACCUGGUGCACGUCCCGUUCACCGUGCCAGAAGUGGAUGGACCCUUCUUGACCGACGACAACGGUGAAAUCGUGCUCGAAACAACGACGGACCAUGUCAGCCUCUGGAAGAGCAUGGAAGAGAUUGCCGAUGCCGGCCUCGCACGCAGCAUAGGCCUAUCGAAUUUCAAUCAGCGGCAGAUACAGAGAGUGCUCGAUAAUUGUCGAAUUAAGCCGGCCAACCUGCAGAUCGAAAACCACAUCUAUCUGCAACAAAACGGACUGGUGAAGUUCUGCAAGGCGAAUGGCAUUACCGUCACGGCAUACUCGCCGCUUGGGUCGAAAGGAAUCGAGAAGCUGCUCAAACGUGAUGUGCCCGACCUGCUGGACAAUCCGGUGGUGAAGGAAGUGGCGCAGCGAAAUGAAAAAACCGCAGCCCAGGUUUUGCUUCGCCACUUGCUCCAGCGGGGCAUCGCAGCCAUCCCGAAGAGUACCAAUGCGGGCCGGCUUCGCCAGAACAUUGCGCUGUUUGACUUCGAGUUGUCCGACGAUGAUAUCAACCAGCUGAACGGGCUCGAUCAGAACAUACGAAUCUGCGAUUUCGGGUUCUUCCCGGGCAUUACUAAGCACCCGGAGUUUCCUUUCUAAACUGUCGAGAUUUUCAUAUAUGUAUUUUUAUUAUUCAUUUCAACUACAUGUUAGUCAUUAUAAAUUCGCUUUGGAUUGGAGUGAUCAUUUUCCUUAGCAACUUGGCCAUGGCUU